GCGGCAGGCUCGCGGCCCGGGUGGCCUUCGUCGUCUGACCCCUCCCCCCCCCAACAGCGGAGGGCGGGUCCGGCGGCGCGCGGGCAGCCCGGCGCGAGGCCCCGCGGCUCCGGUCGGGGACGUCGCUGCGGGCGGCUGUGCUGCUGGCGUCCACGAUGUCGACCAAGAAUUUCCGAGUCAGUGACGGGGACUGGAUCUGCCCGGACAAGAAGUGCGGAAAUGUGAACUUCGCUAGGAGAACAAGCUGUAACAGAUGUGGUCGAGAGAAAACAACUGAGGCCAAGAUGAUGAAAGCUGGGGGCACAGAAAUAGGAAAGACACUGGCAGAGAAGAGCCGGGGCUUGUUUAGUGCAAAUGACUGGCAAUGCAAAACUUGCAGUAAUGUGAAUUGGGCCAGAAGAUCGGAGUGUAACAUGUGUAAUACUCCAAAGUAUGCUAAGCUAGAAGAAAGAACAGGAUAUGGAGGUGGUUUUAAUGAAAGAGAAAAUGUUGAAUAUAUAGAAAGAGAAGAAUCUGAUGGGGAGUAUGAUGAGUUUGGACGUAAAAAGAAAAAAUACAGGGGGAAGGCAGUUGGUCCUGCAUCUAUAUUAAAGGAAGUCGAAGAUAAAGAAUCAGAGGGAGAAGAAGAGGAUGAGGAUGAAGAUCUGUCUAAGUAUAAGCUGGAUGAGGAUGAGGAUGAAGAUGAUGCUGAUCUCUCAAAAUAUAAUCUUGAUGCCAGUGAAGAAGAAGACAGUAACAAAAAGAAAGCCAAUAGGCGGAGUCGCUCAAAGUCUCGAUCAUCUCACUCGAGAUCUUCAUCACGCUCAUCCUCCCCCUCAAGUUCAAGGUCCAGGUCCAGGUCCCGUUCAAGAAGCUCUUCCAGCUCGCAGUCAAGGUCUCACUCCGGUUCCAGAGAACAUUCCAGAUCCCGUGGUUCGAAAUCAAGAUCCAGCUCCAGGUCCCACAGGGGCUCUUCCUCCCCAAGAAAAAGAUCUUACUCGAGUUCUUCAUCAUCUCCUGAGAGAGACAGGAAGAGGAGUCGCUCUAGACCUUCUUCACCCGCCGUUCGCAAAAAAAGACGAACGAGAUCACGGUCACCCGAAAGGCACCACAGGUCGUCUUCUGGAUCAACCCAUUCUGGUUCCCGUUCAAGUUCAAAAAAGAAAUAAUGUAUUAAAAUUUACAUCUUUAAAAACAUUGAAUACAGUGCAUGAAGCAUAUUUUUUAGGAAGUUGAUGUCUCAUUUGGUCAGAAGUGCUACUACAUUUGCUAGUAGAGGUGCAUGCCUUUAUUGCUUUUCAAAACAGUACAACUGUGUUUAUUUGUGAAAUUGAAGUAAAUUGCAUUUUAAGCCAUACUGUUCCCCAGACAAAUGCUCUCUAUUCAUUAUUACAACCAUUCGCUUCGUUUAAAGACAGCUGUAACUGAGUCCUUGGUUUCUUUGUCCUUUUCAUUUCUAAAUGUCCUAUUGACUGAGACAGGGUUGCCUGGGCUUGCCUGGACUCCAGACACGUGGGCAAGGCUAAUAAACUUAUUGGAAUAACCAAUUCAUGUUCAUAUGGGAGGAGUGGUCAACCCGGUUAUGUUGUUUACUUGUGCCGGUAAUUUCUUACCAGAAAUCAACUACAUCACAAAGCUGACAACCGGGAACUUUGAGUUCUCUCUACUGAGGGUGCCUUAGAAUCCUUAUCUCAUCAGCUCGGCACCACUUCUAACGCAAGAGGACAGAUGCUAGCACUCGCAGAGGAGUAGGUUAGCCAUCCUGAUUCAGAAUGUCUCUGAAAUAAAAGUUUAAGAAAUAGGGUAUUUUAAAAUCUAGUUAACAAACAUUGUGCUUGAUUGAUAAAGGUUUAAAAAAGGCCAAAUCAUAGUUAAUGAGCAAACUGAAGAAAGCUUUUGAAGCCUAUUUCUCAGUGACAGGCUGACAGAGACGCGAAUUUAAGUGAUUUGCCUUGAGAUGUCUGAUUUUUUUUUUUCCAACACUGUAGAUAUCUAAGUAACAGAAUCCUUAUUUCUGCAUGAUUUAAGGAAAGUUUUUUUUUUUUUUCACCUGAAAAAACAUAUGGCUUAAAAUGCUUUCAGAGUUUUAUUUCUAAAAUUAAAAUCUGGUCACUUGAGAUCCAUUUUGUUCUCUGGUUUAAAAGUUGAAAGGUUUCUCCUAACAGUCUCUCCCGCAGCAAAACAAGGUAAGUAUACAAGGGACCAGCAAUUGUGCUGGAGCUCCUUGUUACAGGAAUUGUGGUUCCUGUUUCUCCCUUAGUAUUGUCUGCUGCAGUUUAAAUAAGUAAAGCAUUCUAAGAUGUUUAGAGAUAGAUCAAACAAAAUGUUUUUAUUUUAAAGUGUUUUUCACCUCAAUUGAUCUAAAGAUAAAAACAGAAUAUCGUAUGUAGAAAUAUUUUCGUAAUAUUUUUACAAGCUUUCCUGUGUUUUUUGUCUUAUUUUCCUUGCUGCAUUUACUGUAGGUUGCACACAAACUCUUACUCUCUUGUAAUUGUGCCUCAGACUUCUCAAAAGUCGACUUUCUCAGUUGCCCAGAUCUUCUAGAUCCGACGUGUUAGCCUUCGUUUGUUCUUGUGCUUUCUGUAUUUAACACUUGGGCUGUACUAGGCAAAUAUAAGAUUAUAAAUUUAGCUAAUAGGAGUUUACAAACAAUUCAGAUGAUUAUGAUUUGAUUUGGUUUAAUUGAGCUGUACUAGUUCAUUUCAUAAGGAAAUGACACUGUAGACAAAUGUAAAUAAAAUCUGUGAGUCAAGCAUCAAGUGUUGGUUAUUAGAAAUAAACUAGAAAAUUUUAAGCUCUGGUUGAAUGAAUGUUCACUUCUAAGAUCAUAGUGGUUUUUCUUUUGUUGUUAAUUGUUUAUGCUUUUUUCUGAUCGCUUUAUCAUCCUUGCUUUCAGACAUAACAAACAUGGUAACUGCUUAGGGAUGUUACUCAGAAUCUGCAUCUGUGUUUACUUACUACCAGGACACUGCAGACUUCACUUUCUGGGGUCCGUUAGAGAAUAUCAGUGUCCUAGAAUUACCAUUCAACAGUGUAAUUCAGAACAAGCUGUCAGUACAAGGCCAUCUAUUCACAGGUGGGAAGAUGAUUGGGUGCUUGCUGCCAAUCUGUUUCUCCUGGUUGCCUGAUACUCAGGACCACUAUUGCAGAAUCUGGUAGAGGAUAAGGAGGGAAUUUUGUUGUUUUUUUGUUUUGACCCAGGUGUUAAAUGUUUUAAAAUAAGAAUGCCAUCAUGGUUUUAUUGACCUGGAAGUUAUAUUAUUUUUGGAAAAUAGCAAACACUUUUUUGUUUCUGUUAUUGAUGUGUAUGAGGCAGUGGGGUACACAUUCUGCCACAGUAUGGAAGUGAAAGCCAGAGAUCAACUUUGGAGUCCAUUCUCUGCACUUUCAUGGUUGGUCCUAGAUUGUUGGAUGACCAGUACUUUUACCCAUUGAGCCAUCUCACCAGCCAGACUACAGCAGUCAUGUAAGAUUAAAACAAUGCAAUUAAAAACUUGUUUGUGGGAACCAGAAGAGCCAAGUCUAAUGACAAAUUUCAGUAUUAUUUCUUAUAAAAAACAAAUUAACAUCUACAAUUAGUAAACCAACUGUUCACAUAUUUUUAGGAUAAUAACUUGGUAAAGAAGCUUUAAGUAAGUAGGCAUUUUUGGGAUAACUGCGUUCAUAGAAAAGUUGCAAAGAUUGUAUACAUAAGCUACUUUCCCAUUUCCAAUACUUCCUGAUACUGUGGGUCCAUGUUUGUUAGGACUAAGAAAUAAGUGAGUUAAUGUCUUUUGUUUGCUUUUUCUUUUAUUAAUAUUUUUUAUUUAGUUUUCAUACAUAUAUGCAAGGAUUUUGACCACAUCCACCCACGAGUUCCUGAACCCUACUAACCUGAUCCCUUCCCACCUUCAUGCCUUCUCUUAAAAAUAACCCACAAUCCAGUCACUGCUGCAUGAGCAUGGUUCAGCCUACCAACAACUAGCUUGCUGAAGAAAAAUGGCUCCCAAUUUUAGUUUAAUCUCAGUUGCUGUGAUAAAACAUUCUGAACAAAAGCAAUUUAGGAGGGAGGGCAGUAACCCGAAGGCAGAAUUGCUUGCUUACGAUCUCCUCACUGGCGGCCCUGCGCUCAGCUAGCUUUCUUAUAUACCCGCUAUCUUAUAAUUAAGAGGUUCAAUCCAUUGUCAUCGUGUUAGGGAGCAUGGCAGUGUGGGGGCAGAUAUGGUGCUGGAGAAGCCAAGAGUUCUACAUAUUAAUGAAUCCUCAGGUAACAGACACUAGGCCAGACUUCAGUGGCUGAAGUCUCAAAGCCCAUGCUCCUGGUGACAAUUCCAACAAGGUCAUGGCUCCAGUAAUUCCACUCCCUGUAAAUCUGUGGGGCCGUUUUUAUUCAAGCCACCACAUAUAACUAUUUCCUACUCCCACUGGGUUAGGCUUGUUUUUCUCCCUUUGGACUAGGGCUUUAGGUUUAAAAGAACACCACAGGGAAGGCAUUCCCUUCUGGUCUAUGAAGCCUACAUUCCCUGGGAAUGUUAACCUCAGCAUUUAGUUAGGGCAUUUU